AUGAACGAAUCGAACAGAAGUGUCAGACAUCAUCAAAAACCUAAUGUCCUAUUCCACGGGACAGGGAUAAGCGUGGACGAUUUUAAGGCGCAGUACUGGUCGUACCUGUUCGACAAUUUGCGCCGUACUGUCGAUGCGAUCUACGAAAUCUGCCAGGUGGACGGCAGUCUAAUCGCAUGCAAAGAGGCGAUUAUGAUUCUGGAGAACUAUGUCAAAGACUUCACCUCUCUCAUCGAAUACCUGAACCUGGAAGAACUCUGGGACGAGAACAAGAGGCCUUCUUCCGUGGCAUGGGAGAUUCGCAGAUCGGUUGCUUCGCCGAAAAAGAGCAUACCAUCGUUUGGCUUCGCUUGCACUGGUCGAUGGAAAUGUACGGGCUCCAACACUGACAGCGGUCCAGUGGCGAUGACGAAUCCGUAUGGCGGCGACGCUGACACUACUCUUUCGUCGAUUAAAGCAAGGGACAAAGGCGCCGACAUUAUGGGCAGCGCAAGUGGCGAGAAAUCGCACAGUUCAGCGACUCCUAUCGAGAGUGGAAUUAAUGGUAAAAACAAAGACUGCCAGCCGCGGGAAUCGAAAUCGACACCUCCAGAGUUCGAUUUUGAAGCUGACCUUUUGCGCACUGUGCCGCCACGCCACAUGACUAAAAGGGAAGUGUGGUGGAAUUGGUGGAAUCAGGAGUGA